AUGUCUCCACCUGGUAUUCUUGUGGACGCCGUUCGUCGUGAUUACCCUGCAGACAAUGAGUUCGACUUUGACGACCUCCCUGCUGGUAAGGUGAAGAUAUCCUUGCGACAGCAAUACAAGGAUCUAGAUCGGCCGGCCGUUGUCCCCGGUGCCAAAAUCGACUGGGUCCCAUCCCGGGCUGAGUAUCUUGAAAGGAUUGCUCGACGUCUCAAACAAGGCAUUCCGCAUGCCACAAUUCCAGAUAAAUUCCCCAAGUUCGUCUCAAGCGCUGCAUGCUGGUCAUUCGACAGCUUGAACAUCUCCAAGAACGAGAUCUGCCCAGGCACAUUCCCUCUACCGUCCUUGAAGCCUCUUCUAGAUUCAGUCGCUGAAGAGGUUCAUCUUGGGCAGGGCAUUGGGAUUCUUCGAGGACUUGACCCGUCCAAAUACAGCUUUGAAGACAACAUCCUGAUCUAUGCAGGCAUUGCGUCUUAUGUUGGCAGUACCCGUGGCACCCAGGAUAAGGAUGGAAAUGUUCUCGUCCACAUUCGCAACGUUGGCGCAGACGUCGCCCCAGAUGAUCAAAGGCAAUCCCCUUACGCGAACAACGCCCAGCCCUUUCAUAAUGACCUUGGCGAUAUCAUCGCCCUGUACUGCAUUGACCGUGCUCUGACUGGGGGCACCAGCAGAGUGGCUUCGACAUCCAAGGUCUACAACGAGCUUGCGGGGGCUCGCCCUGACCUUAUUCAAGAGAUGGUCAAAGGAGAUUGGGUCUUCGAUAAGCAUGACGACACAGGAGCGUAUUAUAAGCGCCCGAUCCUCUUUCAUGAUGUAGAAAGCCGGCGUGUCUUUUUCUGUUUCUCCCGCCGACAGUUGACAGGAUCGGUUGUGUCUCCAAGACCAGCCCAUUUCCCUCCCUUGAGAGAAGCUCAGGCAGAGGCUCUGGAUGCUGUACACUUCACAGCGGAGAAGCACGCUUUAGAUAUCCAGCUGGAGAAAGGCGACAUCCAAUUUCUGAACAAUUUGGCUUUGUUCCACGCACGAGAAGCUUUCCAAGAUGGUGACGACAGCCGCCAACGACAUUUGGUCCGAAUGUGGCUUCGGAAUGAGGAUCUAGCCUGGAAAACACCCGACGAGCUGCAGCUUCCCUGGGAACAUAUUUAUGGCCGAGCCAGAGAGCCUGUGUGGCACAUGUCGCCCAAUCAUGGGAGGGCGCAUGUUAUCAAUGGCAGGGAAUCUUGCCACGGCUGA